AUCAGUUUUACACAGCUUACCAAAUUCUUGGUGUUUUCACUUUUUCGGUUUUUUUUUUAAAACGGCUUUUAAAUAUUUUUCCUCAUCAUGCAGAACUUCUUUCUCUUCAUGGUUAAAGCUGCUCGCCAUUUGGGUGAUGUUACAUUCCGUCACUCUACAAUGAAGCAAAUACUCUUGGUAUUCAUGAUGACGGUUUCAUUAUCUCAAGCAAUUGUAUGGGAGAACGAAGCUAUUGCAAAUACUGUAUGUGACAACACGACAAUGUAUCUCACUGUGAAUUUUACGGAUCUAUUUCAAGGAUCGGUUUAUCAGUCAAGAGGGUACUUCAACCCUCAGUGCAGUUACACGGUGCCGUUCAAUAGAAAUGUGACGGAAGUGGAGCUUUCUAUGCCUUUUCAAUCUUGUGACAUUCAGAUUGAAGAACUUGAUAACAAAACAAUAGCUUCAACUGAAAUAGUUAUUCAAAUGCAUAGCUUGCUGGAUUCUGUAUACGACAAAACUGUACACGUUCGUUGCGAAAUCCCAAACUUUAUGUCCAUCAACCAGACGGACAGCGAAGAACUUACUCGUUUCGAACCUCGAGUAGUGGAUCAUUCUUGGAUUGAAUUCAAAAAUGGUCUUGUUCUUCUCGGAGAAGUUGGCGAACCAAUUGAAUCGACCUUAUUUAUGGUAGUCUACAUACGUGACGACGGCUCAAAUCAAGACAUGGUAGUACAGAAUUGUAUUGCUCAUACUGACAAAAACAUAACCAACACAACUAAUAUAGUUCAGCUGUCCGACUUCUAUGGAUGUCCUGAUCCUUCCGCUGUAUUCCCAAAUUUCACCGUGGUUCGUCCAGAAAACAAUCGUGCCAGUAUAUUUGCGUACGCUCCUAUUGCAAAUUUCAGUUUAUUUGCUUCUCGUGGUCAUAUGUCCGUCUCUUGUGGCAUAACCGUUUGCGAAAACGCCUGUCCAACUCAUUGUAAUGGCACCAGUUCUCCGGUUCGGCUUCCUUUGUCGGAUUAUGUAUCGAAAGAUUUUGCAAGAAGACAUGAUGGAGCUGUAAUGCCAGAUUCCUUACGAGAACUUAAUAGGCACAAUGACAGAUCCCGAAGAACGCCCAACAGACCCAAGCGAUCGCUGUCUUCAUUCUUCACUAGUAUUUUUCGAUGGGAAUCUCGAAUUGUGAAUGGGUCUGUAUCCGAAAGUAACGUAACUUCAAUUGGAAUAGCGAAAGGACUAGUUGUGAAGAACAGGCUUCUUGCUAAAGAUGUACUUGUCCCUGCCCAUAAGCCUGCUGAUUUCAAGAAUAAGGACUCGGACUUGGUUAAAGAUGAAUUUAUCGUGGAUGGACAAACUUUUCGUUUUAUUGCUUUAAUGACCAUUUGCAUGUUCAUCACUAUUGUUGCUUGCUACUGUUGUUACGCUGAUGAAAGCAAGAAAACUAAAAAUCAAUCUCCAUUUGUAUUUUAACUUGUUUUUUAAUGUAUUUUUGCUUGUUUUUGUUUUUAAUAUGGAUUGACAAAUCUUUGGUGCAUAAAUGUCUUUCAACGUAUUUCUCCCACGAGAAAAAUAAAGUAUACCUUAAUAUAUAAAUGACUAUUUUCUUAUUGCUUUCAAUGGUUCACCGACUUAACUUUCUGACGAAAGUCGUAAACAUAAGAUCUUCUCGAAAUUAAUAAAUUUGAAUUUCCAGCAUUUGGAUGCUUCUUAAAAUUAAACGCGUUUAGUUCGUUC